AAUGAACACACCCUGACCUUACAUGACCGAUAAUGCUGUUCCUGAAAAACACCUGGAGAUCCCUUUCUCCCUGGAUAAAUACGAAGAUCGCAGCGUCCCGGAGUUCCGACUCGAAGACCGCCUGGCAUUCUGAGAUGGCCCAAUACGCCUCUGACCAUGAUCUGCCAGGGUCGCGCCGCUUUUGCGCAGCAUGCAGCGCGGUCGGAUCAACACGUCGCUAUCAAGCUGGUCCGAGCCGAAAGGGUCGAAAUCCACACGCUCAAGCUGAUAUACGAAUCUUCAAAAGAGAAGCCCGUCCGCGGUCUCGUUCCCGUGCUCGAAAUCAUUCGGUUCCGCGGUCAUUGGCUCGUGGUCAUGCCGAGGUGGGGAGAAGAGAUCAUGCUACCGUUUCCGAGCGUCGCUGGACCGGUCUUCGAUCUAAUCGAAGAUCUGCUCGAGGGUCUCAUUCCUCCAUAGCCAUAACAUCGUGCAUAGAAAACAUCGUCGUGAAUCAUAUCCCCAUCCUCACAUAUGAUGAUGUCAGAGAGUUUCCGGAAACUCGACAGACGCUGCGAAACGCCGGCGCUCUCCGACACGCUAUCUUUGACUUCGACGUUGCGCUGGUGUUUCCCGACCGCUCCUCGGCUCGGCUGCCUUGGAUGGAGUUCUAUCUCGGCGCGCGAAAGAGUACGCAUGAUGUCAGGCAAGGGGAAUACGAUUU